AUCAGAGGUUAGCUAAGCGAUGACGAACUAAGCCCGCCCCCCUCCCUCUCCUCUUCCGGUUCAGCUGCCACUGAACAAAGUGAGCAAACAUCCAGUCAUGGAGGAGGAGACAGUGGAGACAGCAGAGGAGCGGCUGGCGAAGCAGCACCGCAAGGAGAAGAAAGACAUGCAAGCUAAAAUCCAGAGCAUGAAAAAUGCUGUCCCCAAAAAUGACAAGAAGAAGAGGAAACAGAUGACUGAGGAGAUUGCCAAACUGGAGGCUGACCUCAGCCAGAGACAUGAGGAGGAAAUCAGGCAACUCAAAUCUGAAACUGACACGAAGGUGGAAGAGGUGGUUAACGGAGUCGAGACUAUGAAGAUGGAGGACGGAGAACAAGAAGAGGUCAAACAGCCGCGUGUAACAAAGGCCCAGAAGAGAAGGGACAAGAAGGCGGCCCAGGAGAAGGAGAGGGAGAACAGGAUAGCAGAGGCCGAGGUGCAAAACCUGCAGGGUGUGAGGCACCAGGAGGGCUUGAUGCUGGCUCAGAAACUCGCCCAGCAACAGCUUCAGAUCAAGGAGAUCUCGUCCGAUGGCCACUGCAUGUACCGCGCUGUUGAAGAUCAGCUGGCACAGCGAUCAAAGCCUGAGUUAGUCAUGAGUGUGAAGGAACUACGGUCCCGCACAGCUGAGCACAUGAGAGGCCAUGCUGAUGAUUUCCUGCCUUUUCUCACCAAUCCCAACACUGGUGACAUGUACACAACAGAUGAGUUUGAGAAAUACUGCAGUGACGUGGAGCACACAGCAGCUUGGGGUGGACAACUUGAACUGCGAGCUUUGACUCAAGUUCUUCACUUGCCAAUAGACGUGAUCCAGGCCGACUCCCCGGCUAUAAAAAUCGGGGAGGAAUUUAAGAGUGAACCCAUCAUCCUUGUCUACAUGCGUCAUGCCUAUGGACUCGGAGAGCACUACAACUCUGUGGAGCGGCUAAAGGACCCGGCCAACACCGAGGACAGCUGAGAGACGGCUCAGUCUUGGUGUGACAUAAAGCAGUGUGUGUAAUGCGGAGUGUUCGAACCACUCACACCAAGGGCUCCUAAAUACACAUGUAUAUGAAGGGAGACCCCUUCCCCUUCAUUGAAGACAUUGUUAAGCUGAGGUUAACAGAAAAUGUCGCUUUAAACGCAUUAUAGUGCUUUUCUGUUUAGAAGUCAAAAGAUAUCAGCGGGGAGAGUGAAAUGUAAUCCAUCACUUCUGAGAACAAUAUCAUCGUGCUAAUGAAAAAUGGCAUAGAAAGGAAAUUAAUGCUUUAAUGGGUUUACACUUGAGUCUGUCACAAUGACCUCCAGGGUUCCCUUCAGCCCAUUUUGAGAGGUAGUAGUGGUGUGUGUUCACCUUUCAUCCUAAUCCACGAUGUAAGAGCUGUUGAUCAUGCAUGUCACUAAAUGAAUUGUCAGCACUGAGGGGCCGUUGGUCUUUUGCACUGUUCUUGAAAUGAACUGAAUUAUCGAACUUGUAAAUUAUCAGUGCUACAUAAACACAUACAAUACUAA